CGAGCAUUGGCGAGCGCGGACCCGCCCCUCCACACCAGCCAAUCGCGGACCACGCCGACCCCGAGGAGGCGGACCUGGCGGAGAUGCGGGGGCCAGCGCGCGGGAGGCGGGCGAGGGGGCCCCACCCGCGCGGAGGGGCGUGGCCGGCGCCGGUUCUUGCGGCCGAGCUCCGCUGCGGCGUGGGAAAGAGCCGCUAGGAGCCGACCGCGCCGCCGCGGGAGUCGCGCCUGCCCGGGCCCAGAGAGGGAGGGAGGAAGGGAGGAGGCAGGCGGGGAGGGUGCUGCGUCCCGCUCGGCGUCGCUGGUUUGGGCUGGGCUGUGCCUGGCGCCGUCUUCGUUGCAAUGAAGCGCCCUUGCGAGGAGACGACCUCCGAGAGCGACAUGGACGAGACCAUCGACGUGGGGAGCGAGAACAAUUACUCGGGGCAAAGUAGUAGCUCUGUGAUUAGAUCAAACUCCCCAACAACAACAUCUCAGAUUAUGGCAAGAAAGAAAAGGAGAGGGAUAAUAGAGAAAAGGCGUCGAGAUCGGAUAAAUAACAGUUUAUCUGAGUUGAGACGACUGGUGCCAACUGCUUUUGAAAAACAAGGAUCUGCAAAGUUAGAGAAAGCUGAAAUAUUGCAAAUGACUGUAGAUCAUUUGAAGAUGCUUCAGGCAACUGGGGGUAAAGGCUACUUUGACGCACAUGCUCUUGCCAUGGACUUCAUGAGCAUUGGAUUCCGGGAGUGCUUAACAGAGGUGGCCAGGUACCUGAGCUCCGUGGAGGGCCUGGACUCCUCGGAUCCCCUGCGGGUGCGACUGGUCUCUCAUCUCAGCACGUGCGCUUCGCAGCGGGAGGCAGCGGCCAUGACGUCCUCGCUGGCCCACCACCAUCACCCCCUGCACCCGCACCACUGGGCGGCGGCCUUCCACCACCUCCCCGCCGCCUUGCUCCAACCCAACGGACUCCACGCCUCCGAGUCAACGCCCUGUCGCCUCUCCACAGCUUCAGAAGUGCCUCCUGCCCACGGCUCCGCCCUGCUCACAGCCACGUUCGCCCAUGCGGAUUCUGCCCUUCGGAUGCCGUCGACGGGCAGUGUUGCCCCCUGCAUGCCACCUUUGUCCACCUCUCUCUUGUCCCUCUCGGCCACUGUCCACGCGGCCGCUGCAGCAGCCACCGCAGCGGCGCACAGCUUCCCUCUGUCCUUCGCGGGGGCCUUCCCCAUGCUCCCCCCGAACGCAGCUGCCGCGGUGGCAGCGGCCACAGCCAUCAGCCCGCCCCUGACGGUGUCAGCUGCGUCCAGCCCUCAGCAGACAAGCGGUGGAACAAACAGUAAACCUUACCGACCCUGGGGGACAGAAGUGGGAGCUUUUUAAGCUUUGAACUUCCUGCAAUACUAUAGUAACUGAAUGUCCUUCAUUUCAGUCAGCUUAAAGGCACCCUGAAAGUAGCCAUACAGAUGUCUACAGAUCCACAAAGGAACAAUAAAGCUAUUUGAGACACAAACCUCA